UCCCCAGCAAAAAAGAUAAAGGAACAGUUCUAGUUAAACCAGUGCAAGUGAGAUAGCAAGUUACAUGUACAUGUACACGUGUUUUUACAGGGUUAUCCUUGCACCAACUAAGCUUACCCUCCGGUAAGGAAAAAAAAAAGAGUAAGGCACAGUGCUGGCGUGACUAAGUUUAUUGUGGUUCACUGUAUGAAUUACAAUCACGUCCUGUCGUUACACGAAGGCACAUCAUACUGAACGCUGAGAGCAUGGAGGCCUGGAGAGAAAAAGGAUAAAAUUUAACAUGUCGCUGACAAGAAGGUUUUUGAUUCCUGCUAUUUUCGUAAUAUUUGCAGUGUACACAUUUUACCUAUUGUUAAGGACAGCUCCCUGCACAACCUGGAGAGAUAUUAAUAGACAUGAUCUGUUAGGAAACAACAGAAACAAUUCAAGAGAAACAAAGAAAACAGAACAAAGCAAACGAACAACAAAAGCAAAUGUGCAUUUAACCAAAGAGCAAAAACCAUUUGAAGUGAAUUCAAUCUUGAAGACGAAAAUUGAAAACUCGAAAAAAAUUUCGCAGAUGAGUCAGGGAAACAAGGAGUCAAAUUGGCACGUACAUAGGUACAACUAUAUUAUCAAUCCUCGUUAUUUUUGUCAUAAGGACAUUUUCAAUAAUAGUGUGUUUCUUCUUGUUAUGGUUCCGUCUGCUCCAGAGAAUUUCGAAAGACGCCUUCAGCUGCGAAAAACGUGGGGUAGUAUAAGUCAAGCACUGGGGGAGCGUAUCAGGACGAUAUUUGUGUUAGGACAAAGUUCUGAUCAUAAACAACAAGAAAGGAAUAUGUUGGAAGCUGAAAUCUUUAGGGAUGUCUUACAAAUUGAUUUUAAUGACACAUAUAGGAAUCUUACAUUAAAAACAUUAUCCGCUAUGCGUUGGGCGCUUACCUGUUGCGACAAAGCCAAAUUUAUCAUGAAGGCAGACGACGACAUCAUAAUGCAGUAUAAACUAGUAGUGCGAACACUUCUCGCACGGACUGCGGUGAAAAAUGCAUCGGACUGUUUUAUGGGAUUUGUUUUCAAAGACAAACCUCCAAUACGAAACCCCUUGGAUAAAUGGUACGUUGGUGAAAAUGAAUACCCUGGAUCAAAAUUUCCACCGUAUGUGAACGGCCCGAGCUACAUUAUGGCCAUGUCAACCGCUCGGAAAUUGUUGUCCGCGGCUUUCACGUUGCCGUAUCUUUCUAUGGAAGACGCUUUCUUGGGGAUUGCAGCAGAAAAAGCCGGGGUUACGCCAGAACAUGAUGGACGUUUUGUUCCUUUCUUCUGGCCGGGGCACGAGUACAAUUUUUGCGCUUACCAGCACAUGUUAACAAUCCAUGCCAACCCAGAAGAUAUCAAACAGCAGUUUUGGAGUGACUUGAAAAGAGCGAAUAGUUUUAAAUGUCCAAAACCUAACUGGAAUAAUUUUGCAUGGUAUAAGAUUAAUUUUGGAUUGUUCUAAAUUAAUGCUACCACCAAACGCACCUUUAAGAUAUCUUUGACUAUUGCUACUAUUGCAAUCCAAAUGAUGGUA